UCUAUCGUUGAUCAAUUUGCUAUAUUUGGCUGUCAGUGGUAAAAUUUGGUGGUAGAUACCAUGGAGUACCUACCAGCUGUAUUUAUCUUGUUUUUGAGUGUCCAUCAUUGCCUCUCCUAUUCAGUUGAUUACAGAAAUGAUUCGGAGGAUGAGCGAAUCCGCUGGCCUGCGGAGUACCACCUGAAGGGCGAAGAACUGAAUCUCAAGACCGGACUGAAGACAACGUUUGAGCUGUGGUCCAGUGAGAAUCUCAACCGGUACCGCAGGGACUACUUUGAUGGAGUAGAGAAGAUGUAUUACUACGGGACGUCUGAUGACGAAAACUCCACAGUGUAUUAUCUUUUCCCAAUCUCUGACGAAGAAAGCGUCAACACUAUCGUGUGUAUGGAAACGGAGGUCGAAAAUGGUCACAAGUUCUUACCAAAGUUGUCAAAGUUAAAACAGACAGGUACAGCAAAGUUUGAAGAUAAGGAAGUUCAGAAAUGGGAGUUAACAAAUAUCAUGGGGAAGAUGAGGGUGGAAAUAUCGGCUUACACUUACACUGUGGGAGACUACUACGUACCCGUUCAAAUCACAAUAAAAGCUUAUAAUUUGGAUAAGGGGCGGUUGGAAUCUCAUACUAUGACGGAUUACUACGGCUUUUCAAGUGAAGUGGACGAGACUGAUUUAGACGUCGAUUGGGAGCCAGUAGUGUGCGAAGAAGAGGCAACGUUUUGGGAAAGACAUGACAUUGGCAAAUUGAGUCCCGGAAGGAAGCAUCACGUCGACCUGGCGUUUAGAAGGUUUGCGUCUCAACAUAAUAGGCUUUACGAUGACGACGAGCAUGAGACAAGAAAAGCUAUUUUCCACGAUAAUUGGAAGCAAGUAGUCGAACACAACAAUAAAAAUUUGGGAUACAAAUUGGAGCUGAACAAAUAUGCAGACUGGACUGACGAAGAGUUCGCAGUCCUCACGGGCCUGAGACCUUCGGAUCGGGACUUAGGCGCUGUGCCCUUCCCUCACACUGACAAGGAGGUGGAAGCUAUAGUCCAGGACCUUCCUGAAGAGCUGGACCUCAGGUUGGAGGGCGUGAUCACUCCUGUUAAAAAUCAAGGGAACUGCGGGUCUUGCUGGGCAUUCUCUUCCGUCGCCGCUGUAGAAGCGACGUUGGCGUUGAAGAAUGGCGGCAGGAACCUAGAGUUGAGCGAGCAAUCAUUGGUUGACUGCGCGUGGGGCUUCGAAGCCAUGGGAUGUAACGGAGCCUCGCCUGAUAGCGGCUUCAAGUAUAUUCUGGAACAUGGAGUUCCAACAGAUAUGGAAUAUGGACCUUAUUUGGAAAAGAACGGUUUCUGCGAAGCUCGCAACAUGAGCAAGCUUUACCACAUUACUGGCUUCGGGCGGGUGACUCCUCGCAAUCCUGAUGCCAUGAAGGUUGUGCUCAAUCGUUACGGGCCCGUCUUGGUCGCCAUCCACGCUGGAAAUUCCAUGAAGUUGUAUUCCAGUGGAGUUUUCUACGAUGUUAAUUGCGAAAAUUCUACUCCAAACCACGGUGUUGCACUGGUUGGAUACGGGGUUCGUGACGGGGAAUUAUACUGGAUGGUGAAGAACUCCUGGGGCGAGGACUGGGGAGAGGACGGCUACAUCCUCAUGUCAGCCACCAACAACAACUGCCUGCUUAUGGACAGCGGAUUCUAUGCGAUAGCUUAGACGUAGAAUACGAGGAUUCUUGGUAGAUAAAAUGUUACCUUGGAACGAAUGUCCACUGCCGCUUUUAACAAAAAAGGCGACUAUGUGUUCAUGCGUGCGUGUGUGCUGUUUCGACUACCUUUCAAAUGCUCAUCUCGGCCGGUGGAUAAACGCUUUCAGUAUUCAUUUUUAAUAUCAAGAAGCCUUUCUGAAUCCUCUCUUCUUUGUAUUAAAUGAUUAUACCUAUAGACUUUGUAAUUAAAUACCACGUGCUGUUGAA